AUGGACGAGAAUCAGGAAGCGAGUCAGGAGGAUCCAGACAGUCCGUUCCGAGGGCCUGAUUCGAAAAAGUUGGAUCAGCUGAGCCGUCAAGGAUCCCUUAGUGUGUUUCGAGAUGUUGACAUGGAGGACCUGGUAGCUGAUGCUGAGCAGCAGCUGGCGUCAGAACCAAAGUACACCUCCAAGAACUUGGAUGUGCCUGCCGUUAUAGUCACCAGUGAGAUCAGUCCCUGGUCGAAGUCGGGUGGCCUUGCCCUCGUCACUGCCUCGCUAGCACUAGAGCUGGCCGGAAGAGGUAGACGCACGAUGGCCAUCAGCCCAAUGUAUGACAAUUUUGCGAACUGCAACUACAUUGCUUCCAAAAAGAUUUGGCUCUUCCACGAUGAGCAUGAGGUGAAGUACUAUCACCUAUGGCAGCCUCUAGAGGCAGAAGGCAGCAAAGGCGUUGACUACGUGUUUGUUGACCAUCCUUGCUACCAUCGGCCCGGAGGUCUCUACUAUAAUGCACAGGAGGGUGUCGAGUACGCUGACAAUCUGUUUCGCUUCGCGCUCUUCACACUUGCAGCCCUGGAGGCUCCAUGCUGUUGUGCUCCCGGUGGAGCUGCAUACGGUGAGAGGGUAAUGUUCAUUGCGAAUGACUGGCAAAGCGCGCUGCUUCCGGUCUAUCUGACGCAUCGGAUGCGACCGUUGCACAGGUUCCACCAAUCUCGCUGUAUAUUCAUUGUGCACAACUUUGGGUACCAGGGGAUCUACCCUUGCAACAAGCUGGUGCCAAAUCCGGCGGGUACUUUGCCCAUCAUCAUGAAGAAUGUGGACAUUCAUGAUUUCGGCUUGAAUGACACCGGCGCUUAUGAGCACAUGAUCUACCAAUAUCCAGACUGGGAGAGGUCAUACGACGGUGACGACGGCAACGUUUGGAACUUGACAAAGGGUGCCGUUUUGACCUGCGACAGACUAUUAACAGUUUCCGAAGGUUAUGCAUCCGAGAUGAAGACGGCUGAAGGUGGUUUCCGGCUCGACGAAUUGGUCAAACAGAAAGAGUUUUUUCUUGGCGGCAUCUUGAAUGGAAUAGACGUCGUCACAUGGAAUCCACGGACAGAUCCUCACCUGGUCAUGCAGUACGAUCUGAGCUCUUUAGCCGAUGGCAAGGCUGCAUGUAAAGGACAGCUUCAGGAACGUGUUGGCUUGCAAGUGGAUGAGAGCGUGGUAUUGGUCUCAUUCGUCGGCCGGUUGACCGAGCAGAAGGGAGUUGACCUGAUCUUGCAGGCAAUCGAGUGGAUGAUGCAGGACACUGGAAACAAUGUCACCGGACACAUCCAGGUUCUCAUGAUGGGCAAUGGUGACGAAGUUUAUGUCAGAGGCCUGGAAGAUGCAGCCCGUCGUUAUCCUGGACGAUUCUCCGGGAUGAGUUUCGAUCCGGUCGUGGAGCACCUCAUGUACGCCGGCAGCGAUUUCCUGCUGAUGCCGUCGAGGUAUGAGCCGUGUGGGCUGCCUCAGAUGUGCGCGCAGCGCUAUGGGACCGUCCCCAUCGUCACGCUGUGUGGCGGCUUGAAGGACUCGGUCGUUGUCGAUCCUCCAGAUGAAGCCACCGGGUUUGGCAUUCUGCCUUUGGCAUUUGACAAGUUCAAAGAAGUUGUGUACAAAGCUUGCGACACGUAUUUCCACAAGAGAGACGAGUUCGAAGAAAUGCAGUGCCGUGGCUUCGCAACGGAUUUUUCCUGGUGUGCUCGCAUCGACGAGUGCGCCAUCAGAGCCAGCACAGGUCGGAAGAUGGCGGAUUUUCAGUAA